AUGUCAGUCAGAAUGUUGUACAUCCUAGCAGUGUGCCCGGUGUUGCUCGUAUCUGCAGUACUAACUUUGACCAUUGACUCUCAACUCGGCACUUCUGUUGAAGAUUGCUUUGAGCGCAUUUCAAUUGGUGAGCAGUUGCCGACCGACGCCAUCUACCGAAACAUAUCUGAAUUAACAACGAAAGAAUGUGAGCAAAUCUGCAAACAAGAUAAGCAGUGUCAGUCUUAUGACUACGGAGUUGGAGCUAAGGGAAACGCGACGUGUAACCUAGGCAAUCUUAACGAAAAGGAAAUUAAAGAUAAAAGUAUUCUACGUCGACAUCCAGACUACGAUGUGUAUGUUCGAAGAUUUCAAUGUGAACAAUCUCCACCAACACCUAUACAAGCAGAGUUUGACGACCCUGAUGGCCUUUUACAUCGUCCGACGUUUAAGCCAGUUAAAGAUUCAAAGAAACCACUGUCUGAUGAGUUACCCGAUGAUUUAGGAUCUUAUAGUAACAGUAAGCCAGCUUACAAUAGUGAAAGGCCUGAUGAAUACGAUAAUUCCAAACCCGAUAUCAAUGAUCCUCCAAGUUACGGAGACCACAAACCCCAAAACAUACCGUAUCCACCUGAGAAACCUCACAGUAACUUGUCAAAUAAAAGACCUGACCCUUAUGAUGUUCUACAGUUACAAGAUCCUUAUGGGAGACCACGGCCACAAGGAAAUUGGAGACCAGAAGAAAUGUACGGCCAUAGACCAAUAGGACCAGAUUCAUAUCGCCCUGAAGUACCUGAAUAUCAAUAUAUAGUAAGACCAAACAGAAAACCACAUAAACGUCCACUAUCGAGACCUGAUUUCGAUGGAGGGUACGGUAACAAGCCCGAUUAUUCAAAUAAACCAGAUCCAAUAGGCCAAGGUGACCUAACUGAUACUGACUUACCAUACCAUCAUACUAAGCCAAAUAACAACUUAUCUUCAAAACCGUACGAAAAACCGAGCUAUAACUAUAAUAGUCAGUACGCGAGUAAUUAUGGUAGUCAAGACAAUUCAAUUUAUCUGGAAAUUAUUGAUCCACCGCGGCCAUACAAACCACCAAGUAGACCAAGUAGACCAAGUUACGGGUUAGACCAUGGGGAUUACGACUAUGGACAUCUAGGUUAUGGCUAUGACUCUUACUCAUCUCAAAACUCUUACUUACACUCCCAAAGUAGCCAAUCUCAAUACUUUGGGUCAGGAACAUUAAAUCAAGGUAGUUAUCAUCGACCAAAUCAUGAAUCCAUUUAUCGGCCCACAAGACCUCACGAAAGCCAGGAUUCUGUUUACGGGCAACAAUCGACACCAAAACCAUUUGAACCCAACAAAAGACCUCAUGGCAAUGGUUAUGGGCUCAGUGUCACUGAAGGUUAUGGAAGUUCCAGUCAAGGAGGUUAUGGCAGCGAUAGUUACUUCAGUAGUGGUCAAUCUUACGGUGGAAGUGCGAGCUAUGAAAGCAGCAGCCAAAGUUAUGGAAACUCUCAGGCACCUAAUAAAAAGCCGCACAACAGCAACCAGGGCUAUGAGAGUAGUAGUCAAAGUAGUUAUGGUGGAACUAACCAAUUGUCCAAUAAUAAACCCUACGGGAGUAAUCCGGAAUAUGGAAGUUCAAGUCAGAGCGCGUACGGUGGAGUACAGACUUCACACAAACCUAAUUACUCCUCGAAUAAACCAUACGGUGGGAGCCUAGAAAAUGGUGUAUCUGCUCAAAGUCAUCAUGGUGCAUACGGGUCUGGCACUAAACCAUAUGACAGCGAUCAAGGUUACGGAGGUAGUGACGAGAGCAGGCCAAGUUAUAGCAGUGGAAGUCAACAUUCAGAUAAUAAGCCAUAUCAGAGCAGCUCAGGAUAUGGAAGCGGUAGUCAUUCUUCGUAUGGUGAAAAUAGCCAAUCUACCAAUAACAAGCCAUAUGGUGGAGGUGGUGCUGGGAGCCAAGGAUAUGGUGAUUCCAGUCAAAGUGAAUUCAAUAGUAAUCAUGGAUCUUACGGUUCAAGCGAGAAACCAUAUGCCACCAAUGAUCAUAAGAAACCCUAUGGUGGGAGUGGCUUUUCUUCUAAUAAACCUUAUGAAGAUGGAUACGGAAAUUCUAACGGAUAUGAAAAUAACCAGUCUUACGGUAGCCAUACCACUAGUAAUAAACCUUCAUACGGUAGUAGCCUAUCAUCGAAUGAUAGACCUUAUGGUGCUAAUCAAGGAUACGGGGGUCAAAGUAGUAAUAACAAUAAUUAUGAUUCUUAUGGAGGUCAGUCAUUAAACAAGCCAUAUGGUGGUAGCCAAUCUUCUAAUAAACCUUACGGUGGAAGUCACAGUGAAGAAAAGUUUUGGAUAUGGCAGCAGUCAUUCCUCAGGUUAUGGAAACUCUGCCAGUUACGGAGAUCAGAACUAUUCAGUUCUGGAUACGAUACGAGUAGGCCUGAUAUUAAACCGGUCUACGAGUAUGAGAUUGUCCGACCAGAUGAUGUUCCAAGUUAUGUGGCAAAACCAAAUGGGGAAAUAAUUACUACAAGGCCAGUGGCGGUUGGCGAUUACGGAGGAAAACCAGGUUAUGGAAGGGUUCCCGGCGAAGAUGUAUCUUAUGCAGCAUGCUUCCGUCGGGUUCUGGCCGGGCGGCGCACACUUCGGAGUCAUGUCAGAAGGGUUGUAAAUUGCGAGCGACUCGAAGAUUGUCAGAGAGAGUGUGCGAUAGAACGGCGUUUCCACUGCGAAAGCUUCAAUUACAGACUGGAUCCAUCUUUUCGCGGCAAAGGUCUAUGUGAGCUAAUGACUAAACCUAUAGAAGCUUUUGACAUCAGGCGAGAUUUUGUUGAGGACAAGGAUUACGAUUUCUACGAGGUCGAUAGAAAUAGUUUGGAACCCAAUUGCCCGGACACUCUUAGAGGGCCUGGUCUUUUACAUUCGGGUUUUUUAUCCAAUAAGGGGCCUCAGGACGUGGAUCGGUGGAAAGACCGAAUAGACUGGUACGACCGAAGCUCCCAAACCGAAUACGAGAGAUAUUACAACGAAAGAAGAAGAGCGUUCAAUUCAAACAGAAGAUAUCAAAACCAGGCAUUCGUUCCGUACCAAAUAGGUGAUGUAAGUCGCAGCGACGAGGAUUUGGAAGCCUGGCGUAAGCAUGGCGGGUCCUACGGAGGCUACAACUAUUACAAGGACAAAAAGGAUUAUCGCAAAUCGAUCGACCAUUGGCGAAUAUCCGACGAACGUCACCGCGCCAACUACUACGGAGUCAAAUCCCACGGGCUCAAUUCCGAUUUCAACUACGACAGCUUGGGGAAGAACAAUGGAUGGGACAACUAUGGUUACGGCUAUGGGGCGUGGAAGAAGAGUGGAUGGAAUAGUUCUUGGAACGGAUCGGAAUAUGUGGAGUCGAGCCAUUUCAAAGGAGCGAAACCGCCUUUUUACUACGAGUCUGAGGAUAGAGCAGAUGGACCGCCAGUAAAAGAUUGUUCUUCACGUCGCCGUCCCGGGAUGUCUCUGGGCUCUGGUGCUAUUAGACGAUCGUUGUUCGCUCGGAAUGUAGUCGAGUGUGAAGCGGCUUGUUUUGGCGAAAAAGAGUUCAAAUGCGUGUCGUACAGUUACAACGAAAGACCGUACCGUGGUUUGGACAUGUCUGCAGAUAGCGACUCUGACGUGUAUGCCAUGCCUCAGGAUCAGGGCUGUGCUACAAUAAGUAGAAAACCUUGGGUGGAGAGCGAGUGCUUUUGGCACGUGCGCUCCGGCGCGGCGGUUGGCGGCAACGUGGCCCGUGCCUCUCUCAGCGUGACGGGAUUGGGCGCGUGCGAGGCGGAGUGCAUAAGGGCGCACGCUUUCUUCUGCCGUGGUUUCAGCUUCAGAUUCGACUCGCCGACGAUUGGCGAUGACUUGGAGAAUUGCAUACUCACAUCCUCUCCCCCAACUUCGCUGGAGAUCGGGCGUGGACUGCGGCCCACCGCUGGGCACGAGCUCUACGCGCGCGGCAACUACGGCCGAGGCUGUGAACCGGCGCUGUAUGACGACGUGCAGAAUCGGGAGAGGGAGUGCUACUUGCAAUACGACAGCGCUGCCAAGCUAAAGGGUUCAGCAGUACGCGGUCAAGCAAGAGUGAAAGAUGAGCAAGAAUGCGGCCGCGCCUGCACCGACGCCCCGUUCAGAUGCCUGAGUUUCUCUUUCAAUAACAACGCUCGCCCCGCCGUAGACAACUGUCUGCUGUCGGAGAUCCGCUUGUUUGACCUGCAACGCGGCGUUGACUACGAGCAUUCCGUCGACGACUUGCUGUUCGCUUUCGACUUGUUCAACGGGCGGUGUUGGCGCAAGGUGCACGGGAGGCCGGAACACGAAGCCCCAAGCUACGAAUUGCCUCAUCCACUUCCUCCAUUGGAGUCAGAAUAUCCAUCAUCUGGUCCUAGCAGCUUGGACUUAUCGGGCCCGCCAGAGUCAUCUUAUCCUGCACCUUCAGGUCCUAGCGGGCCUGACUUUAAACCCGGAUAUCCGUCUGGACCAGAACCACCCGUAUUGAAGCCCAGCUAUACAGCUCCAUCUGGGCCCACUUUUAAGCCGGGCUACUCGCCGGGAUAUCCACCGGACACCGCCCCUUCGGGACCAAGCGGUCCCGAUUUCAAGCCUGGAUAUAUUCCAUCUAGCCCCGGUUACAUAGAGCCAAGCAGUCCCAGUUAUAAGCCGGGAUAUCCGGUUUUCGAUGUGCCUAGUCGCCCUUAUAAGCCUAUACCCGUGUCACCUCCGAAGCCCGCUUAUAAACCUCCAGGGCCGAGUUACCAGGACCACAUUCCAUCAUCCCCUAGCGUGUCAGGGUAUAAACCCGAGUAUGGCCCGACUGAUCCUGUUCGACCAUAUCCUUCACUGCCCUCGAAACCUGUUUACAGUCCCGGGCAAAGUAGACCAGGAUACGACAGUGACCUAGAAGAGAAUGGAUCAUUGACCGCAUCGUGGCGGCAUUACACCGUGUCGGGAUUCCCCUGCCGCAGGGGGACCGCCUGCGCUCAAAACCACGUCGCCGGACAUUGGGCGUGUGAGCCCGAGGGCGGCGAGAUCGGUUCUUGGGAUUACUGUUGUGCGCCAACACACCGCUGUGGCUAUAGCGAAGGAUUCAGAAAACCUUGGUGCUACGUUGGUCCUACACAUGAACAAUGGCGACCGUGUAGUGAGAAAUACUACCCUUACCAUAAGCACAACAUCCCUCAUCCAUCUCAAGGCCAAGGAGCGAAACCACAUCGACCUGUGGGUCAGUGGCGGGAUAGACUUGAUGCUCCUAUAAACGGAGAGAGAUUGCCCGGACCUUACCUUGCCGACGCCGACAGGAAAUAUUGGGAUGGAUUGUACAAAAAUGGACCACAGGCGUAUUACGACAAGAACGGAAACCCAUUGCCAGGGUAUACUCGCGUGCCCACGAAAGAGAGACCGAGGAUAAAAUAUCGGCAUAAUCCACCACAGCCUGGUAGUGGAACAUGGGUCGCAGUUCCUGAAUUGAAUGAUUUUGGUGAUAUCCCGGAGCCACUAGGAAGCCCUAGAUACUGGCCGGUUGCUUAUCUUCAUAAAGGACCCCCUCCGAAUAUGACAUACUUUAGAUAUAACGAAACAGAAAAGACUUCUUACGAUAAAGUUCAAUCGCGUGAUAAUGAAGAUUCUGCUGAUUUGCCAACAGAAAGUUCAAGGAAUGAAUUGAAAAAAGUGGAUGUUAAGCCCAAAAUAACAGAUAUUGAAGGAAGAAAGAUUAAAGAUGAACCAAAUGAUAAUAAAACAGAAAAUGAUGACAAUUACUUGAAAAUAGACACAGAAACAACUACCACUCCAUUAACUACAACCAUAGCUAUCAGCACUACUUCUUAUACAACUCCUACAGCUGAAAUUACAAUGUCUACUAAUACAACCGACACUAUUAAAAAUGUAACAAGCGGCAAUAUAACAGAAGUAAUAAAUCCAGAUCAAGAAAAACUUAACGAGGAAUUUGAAAGUAUCAAAGGAAUCGAUGGUAAAUUAGAAGAUUUCUCAAAAUCUUUAGAGGUUUUUAACAUAGAAGAUGUGAGCAAAUGCGAUAAGUUAGGUAAUAUUAAAACUUUGGAGGCUGAAGAAAGACAGAUAGAAGCAAUCGGAAGGCUAGUGGCGUCUAGGCGUGGCGGUAAACUAAUGAUUGAGAAACGUUCCCAAAAAGAAUUGGAGAACAAGAAUAUUGCUGUCGAUAAAGAUUUAUUAGAUUUCAACUUUGGAAAUAAAUUUCCGACAACGGAGAGGCGUGGUUUUGUACAAAGGGUGAGUAAAGAUGAAAUAGAAAAAGAAAGAUAUUCUAAUGAUAGAAGCUUAGAAGUUAGUGAAACUACUUUCGUAAGGCCCCCUAGAGUUCUAAGUACAACUGAAAACAUUCGAAAAGCUGUUGUGAACGGAAAAGUGUUUUACGAUGCAAUGAUAAGAGAACAAAGGGAAUUGUUCUCAAAUUCUACCAGAAAAUCAAAGAGUCUGAAAUUAGAGGAAGCAAGAGAUGUUAUUACAAACUCCGUGGCACUUUCUUCGGCGAGGUCGUUGAACUUUGCACUUGACGGCAAGCUGCAAUCGAGACAGCUACUUCCAAUCAUGAAGACCUAC